GAUCUGGCCACCCCACCGCCACUCCGACGGCGACCCUCGAUGGUGACGGCCCUCAAUGGCGACGACCCUCGACGCGACGGCGACGACCCCGCUGCGGAGGGAAGGGGAUUUGGCAAUUGACGUCGUCGGCCACUUCGCGUGCCCAUCGCCGUCAGCCACCCCGCGCGCCCGUCGCCGUCGGCCACCCCGCGCGCCCGUCGCCGUCGGCCACCUCGCGCGGCGCUCGCCGUUCGCCACCGUGCCUCGUUCGACCGAGAGAGAGAGGGGGAGAUCGGAAGAGGAGGAGACGGUGGGUGGAGGAGACGAGAAAAUGUGAGAAAGAGGAGAGGAAGAGGUUGCUAGGCUAGUGGACUGAUGAGGGGUAUGGGUGGAAUUUUUGUACUAGGCUACCUUGAUCCAGGACACCCACUGUGGGAUGUAGACCCUCACCGGGUUGCUUCAGAUUUUGAGGAGUCCAUGCAGGGGUACUCUCCAGUGCGAGCCAAGUUUCUCUACGAUUAUCCUCAGUCAGUGAGAAUACUCUAGAAGUGUCUCACAUUGUGGAUGAGUAUUUCUUUUGUUCGUGCAUGUAUGACUGCUUUUGCUUGGUGCCUUUUGAAGAAUGACGUGUUUUGGUGCGUGCGUUCUCGUGUCCGGCAUGGUAUGGUCAAAGUGGGUCCCUGGACAGGCAUCUGCGCGGCACGGUCGGCACGGCACGGUCCUCUCGAGCUGGACGCCGCCGAUGUAGACUCGAAGGGCUUGUUUAGGUCAGGUUCAGUUCCAAAUAUUUUUUUCUUUAAACUUUUAAUUUUUUCAUCACAUCAAAACUUUCCUAUACAUAAAUUUUUAAUUUUUUCGUCAUAUCGUUUUAAUUUUAAUCGAACUUUCAAUUUUAGCGUGAACUAAACACACCCUUAGUUCCCAACUUUUUUCUUUAAACUUUUAACUUUUUCGUCACAUUAAAUUUUUCUACUUUCAACUUUACCGUUAUAUUAUUUCCAAUUUCAUCGAACUUUUAUUUUUAGCGUGGAACUAAACACUGUCGAAGUGGGUCUCCUAUCUGUGGAGACUUAAAAAAGCAGAUCGUGUGGAUUUUGGUGUGCACUUGCGUUUACACUUGGCGUGCCGUCACUCCGCUACUGUUUACAUCUCGUGAGCACAUGAUUGAGCUCACAUGCCUUGCUUCCGUGUCAAGGUCAAGCCGGCCAAGGUCCAAGGACGGCAAACUGCCUGGUGCCUGCCUCUUCUUUUUUAUAUAAAUAUAUAGAAGUAGUGAUAUGUUGAUGGAGAAAACUAAACGGACGCUCUCGCACACUGAAGACAACACCCUCGUACAAACACCACGCACGCCUUGCUAUUGCUGGAUCGAGAUGGUGAAAGCAAGUAUAAAGCCUUAUUUUAUUGCCAUCGUCGUCCAACUGAUCUACACUGGUAUGUUUGUGAUAUCCAAGGCUGCUUUCAACCACGGGAUGAACACCUACAUCUUCAUCUUCUAUCGCCAGGCAGUUGGCUCCCUCAUCUUGUUGCUUACAGCUCUUCUACAAAGGAAAAAUGCACGACCCGUCAUGACACUUGGGGUGCUCAUAAAGCUCUUCUUCUGUGCUUUAAUCGGGAUUACGCUUGGGGUAAAUCUGUACCAUAUAAGCCUCAAGUUCACCUCUGCAACGGUGGCAUCUGCAGUAGACAGCUCACUCCCAGCCAUCACCUUCUUCUUGGCGGCGCUUUUGAGGACGGAGUAUGUGAAGCUGAGGAGCUCUUCAGGCAUAGCCAAGGUCACUAGCGUGGCACUCUGCUUGGCUGGAGUCUUUACCAUCGCCUUCUUCGCUGGCCCAUCCAUAAGCCCUAUCAACCAUCACCGUGCCUUCGCCUCUUACGCAUGCUCGAAAACAGUAGUUCCGAGGGGUGUGUGGAUCAAAUGGACAUUCCUUAUGGUGGUCGCCAACAUGUGCUGGUCUUUGUGGAUCAUUUUUCAGGCAGCGGUGCAAAAGGAAUAUCAAGAUAAAAUGGUUGUGACUGUGACUCAGUGCCUGUUCAGCACGGUGCAGUCGUUUGUCGUCGCGGUGGUCGCAGAGCGCGACUUCUCCAGAUGGAAGCUAAGAUUUGACAUCAGCUUGCUCGCCAUCCUAUACUCGGGUGUUAUGGUGACGGGAGUGUCCUACUACCUGCAAACGUGGUGCCUAGAGAUGAGAGGCCCCAUGUUCUUUGCCUCCUGGACGCCACUCUGCUUCGUGUUCACAAUAUUUUGCUCAUCCUUCUUUCUUGGAGAGAUUGUUCACCUCGGCAGCAUCUUGGGUGGAAUUUUGCUGGUCGGAAGUCUUUACACCAUGCUCUGGGGUAAGAGCAAAGAGGGUAAUGAGACUGACGAUGUCACCGAUGACGAUAUUGAGAAAUCUACACAGAUCUACCCUGGAGAGCAACAACAUACUACAACAGAUUAGGACAAAGAAUCGACGUUGACAAGCUCGACAGCUUUGCACGUCCAAGAACUAUAAUUUUAUUUUUGGCAUGGUAGCCCUUUUAUUUAGUCACCUUAAAUUAGGUGACAGUCGGCCUAUUUGAAUUUGGCUCAUGUGUUACUGUGUUAUAUGAGACCGUGGAAUUUUAAUUCCACCUUAAUUAGUUGUUAAGGGCAGGGUACGGUAAUCUAUAAGAGUGAGUACAAUAGCAGGCUACAAGUCAACUGUAAGUAUAUGUGGAGGAGAGAAGAGAAAAG